AUGGCGGCCGAGAACGGGGGCAACGUGGCGGCGGCGCCAGAGGGUCCAGGCGCCCGAGCUGGAGACGCUGCACCUGGCGCCGCUCCCGCUCGUGCCAGCAUCAGCAAUGUUGCGAUCUGCAAGGGCGAUCUGCACGCGCUCGUCAGCGAGGAGACUCGCGGCUUGCGGGGCGCGCACGGCGAGGGGGGUCACAAGGUUUCCGAGUACGACACGGCUCGCGUGCUCACCGCGUUGGCGUCGGUGGUGGUCAAGCAGCUCAAGGGCCCCAGGGGCUGCGUCAUCGUGCCUGGCGUGUGCAAGCUGCAGGGCAAGAAGGUCGGAGCCACCGCCGAGAAAACCAUCACGGAGCUCAU